UUUGCCGGCACAGCGCGAGACGCCACGCACGGAAAAGUCUGCUGAAAGGGCGCAAUUAUCUCGAAACGGACGGUCCGGUAUAAAAAGGAGGCCGCACACGGUCUGCGUUUUAUUCUGCGUUCCGUAGAACCCUCCUCUGGCUCGCCGUAGUGGGCGAGAGGCAUCUUCACCGAGUCCGAGUGAGAGUGAAAGUGGACGAGGUUUUGAUUCAGUUCCCAUCCGGCGGAGAAAGUGAUUUAUCUCGAACAUGGACAUUCAGGAAUUCAGGGAGUUCGGCAAGGCCGCCGUGGAUUAUAUCGCGGACUACUUCCAGACCAUCCGAGACAGGCCUGUGUUAUCAUCGGUACAGCCGGGCUACCUUGGCGAUCUCCUCCCAAAAGAAGCUCCACAGUCCGGAGAAUCCUGGCAGGAAGUCCUCCAGGACGUCGACAGGAUAAUCAUGCCCGGACUUACACACUGGCAUUCGCCAAACUUCCACGCUUAUUACCCCACAGCACAGUCUUUUCCUGCUGUGAUUGGCGAGAUGAUGAGCGCAGGAUUUGGAUGCGUUGGUCUAAGUUGGGUGGCCAGUCCAGCGUACACCGAGCUGGAGGUGGCGAUGAUGAACUGGCUGGGAAAGCUCCUGCACCUGCCCGAAGAAUUCCUUAACUGCUCGGAGGGGCCUGGCGGUGGCGUCAUACAGGGCUCUGCCAGCGAAGUAACUUUCGUCUGCCUCCUAGCGGCAAAGGAGAGAAAAGUGAAAGAACUGCGCCAGAUCAACCCAGAACUAAAAGAAACGGACAUUAAAGGCAAACUAGUAGCUUACUCAUCCGAUCAAUCCAACUCUUCAGUAGAAAAAGCCGGCCUUCUUGGUUCCAUGCCUAUGCGCUUGCUCCCAGCAGACAAAGACGGAAGGCUCACAGCUUCCGUCCUAUUGGAAGCCAUAGAAAAGGACAAGGCCCAAGGACUUAUACCUUGCUACGUAGUUGCUUGUUUAGGAACCACCCCUACUUGUGCUUUUGACGAGUUAGCUGAGCUGGGGCCACUUUGUAACAGGGAACAGAUCUGGCUUCACGUCGACGCUGCUUACGCUGGUACCGCUUUUGCUUGUCCGGAGUAUCGUUAUUUGAUGAGCGGAGUGGAAUAUUCAGAUUCCUUCAACUUCAAUCCGCAUAAGUGGAUGUUGGUCAACUUUGACUGCUCUGCCAUGUGGGUUAAAGACGCGAGGUACCUAGUAGAAGCUUUCAACGUGGAGAGGAUCUACCUCAAGGACAACCACAAGGGUUUGGCUCCAGAGUACCGUCACUGGCAGAUUUCUUUGGGAAGGAGGUUUAGGGCUUUGAAGCUCUGGUUCGUUUUGAGGAUCUAUGGAGUCGAGGGUAUACAGAAGCACGUCAGGGGCCAAAUAGCCCUAGCAGAAUACUUCGAAAGUUUGGUGAAAAAGGACAAGAGGUUCGAGCUUUGCACUUGUAGCAUGGGUCUGGUCUGUUUCAGGCUUAAAGGUGACGACAGUCUUUCUCAAGAUCUUCUUGAAAAGAUCCAGGAGCGCAAAAAUAUUUUCAUUAUAGCUGGACAUUUCCAACACAAGUACUGCAUUCGAUUCGCUGUCUGCAGCAGGCUUACGGAGAAGAGCGAUGUUGAUUAUGCUUGGCAUGACAUUCUAUCCGCAACAGAAGAAGUUGUGCCUACUCUUAAAACUGUUACAGAGGAAAUCAGCGAGAAAAAAGGAAUCGCCUCGAUUGACCUAUGUAACGCUGCUUGUGAUAAAAUCAGCUGUAAUGAAAAAUCUAAAUAAUUGUUAAAUGUUGUUGUAUCUAGUAGUUCAAAACUUUAUUUAUUGUUAAGUGUACAAGUU